AUGUUCACCACAACAACCACGCCAGUUCUCCCAACUGCGACUGCUGUACCCCCCAAUUCCACCUCCCCACGGCCCACGGGCGUUCACAGAGGCAUCAGUUUCCUGCGCAAUCUACACCUGCACUCAAACAGCCAAGGCGACCCUCCACGUGAGGAUUCCCGAACGGGAACACGACCACGCGCCUCAACACACACUCCACCUGCCUCGCCUGCCUUUGCCUCCUCGUCCUCCCACCCCACUGUCCCCCGUCGAGAGUUGCUAUCGAGGAGCCAGACAGCCGACAGUCAACUGCCGCCGACCGACUCCCCACCCGCCUCUCCGAAACCGACCAUGACGAGAACCCGUUCAGAGACGGCCCAACCUCAGCUCCAGGUGCGCAACAACACGGGGCCAACGCCGACCUCAACGCCAGGACCCAACAGCGCACAAACAAUGGAAGGCGCCUCCGAUAGCACAGGCGCAGCCAAGCACCUGCCGUCGAUUCGCUUUAUCCCGCACCAGGAUCCCCGAGCCGGAAGACCUUCGUUGAUCUUCCCCACCAUCAACCGUACGCUGCCCGACGAGAGUGCAAUCCUUCGCGUAGGAAGGUAUUCAGAGCGCGACAACAUACCUGAAGUCCAGACCAACGCCCCAUCGGCUGCCGCCAUCGGAUUCAAGUCCAAGGUCGUCAGUCGGAAGCACUGCGAACUGUGGUGCAAGGACGGAAGCUGGUAUAUCAAGGACGUCAAGAGCUCAUCGGGUACCUUUUUGAAUCACAUUCGUCUAAGUCAGCCCAACGUCGAGUCAAAACCAUUCCGGAUAAAGGACGGCGAUAUCAUCCAACUGGGCAUCGAUUUCCGUGGGGGAGAGGAGAUGAUCUUCAGAUGUGUCAAGAUUCGUGUUGAGUGCAAUCGUGGCUGGCAACAGGGGCUGAACACAUUCAAUAAACAAACCCAUCAGCGACUACGAGCACUUGCCAAGAGCAAGAAGGAAGUCACGGGAGAUGCUUCAUCUACGCAUACGUCCGAGUGUGCCAUCUGUUUGAUGUCAAUAGCGCCUUGUCAGUCGCUAUUCGUAGCACCCUGCUCCCACGUCUGGCACUACAAGUGCAUUCGUCCCAUCUUAAACGGUCCCACUUGGCCCAACUUCCUCUGCCCGAACUGUAGGGCGGUAGCGGACCUUGAAGAAGACGUAGAAGACAUGGGCGAGCUCGAAGACUGGGAAGGCGAUGAGGAAGUAGUCAAUGGUGCCACAAUUCCUGAUGCCAGCGCAGAGCAGGGAGACCGCCACGUCACACCUCGUGCCUCUGUUGCCCCUCUGAACGGUGCCGAUUCUGAUGGCGGUGUUGAUCUUACGGAUCUACAUCACCAAAUCACAAACAUUGAGAACCAAUCGGCAUUGGAGACUCCCGAUCGCCAGCUUACACCUCCAACAUCGUCCGUCACACAACCGGUCUCUAUCAACGUCAAUGGAGCGAACGACUAUAUGGGACUGUCGCCUCUGCAUCCUCCUCACGGCAGUGGCCUAACGCCUGAUCGCGUACAGGAUGGUCCCAUGACUCCAAGGAAUGACGCUGGGCCGUUUGUUCUCGAUGGUAGCGCUGGACGUGCAGCAGGCAGUCGAAUGCGCGACACAUCUCCGACCGACUCCGAUAGCAGUGGAGCGCGAAGCAAUAACGGUGCACCGACUCUACCUCCUGUACGCUUCGACUAG